UUUCACGUUUGCGGCGUUCGGUCACUCUGGUUUUCAACAGCAACAGCAAAGCAGACGGACGACGUUGGUGUAAAGUCAACGAAAUUUUUUCGAUAGACAAAAACAAUUAGAAAUUACAAACGCAAGCCAACAAAAUGAUGAAAGCCGUGUCCUGUGCCUAUGUGCGAGCCAGCGCACAGGCGCUGUCCACCAGCCUGCGGGCGAGCGGUGCUGCUGUCAAUGCCAUUGCCACUCGGGAGGCGCACAGCGAUCUGCAGGUGCCCGAUUUCUCGCCGUAUCGUCGUGACUCUGUGAAGGAUGUGCGUCGCCGCAACGAGUCCGCCGAGGAGCGCAAGGCCUUCUCCUAUAUGCUGGUCGGUGCCGGCGCCGUUGGCGGUGUGUAUGCGGCCAAGGGUCUGGUGAACACCUUCCUGGGCUCAAUGAGCGCUUCGGCCGAUGUGCUGGCCAUGGCCAAAAUCGAGAUCAAACUUGCAGACAUAGCCGAGGGCAAAUCGGUGACGUUCAAGUGGCGCGGCAAGCCACUCUUCAUUCGCCAUCGCACCGCAUCCGAGAUCGAGACAGAGCGGGGCGUGCCCACAUCCACGCUGCGUGAUCCCGAAACUGAUGAUCAACGUGUCAUCAAGCCCGAGUGGCUCGUUGUGAUUGGCGUCUGCACGCAUCUGGGCUGUGUGCCAAUUGCGAAUUCUGGUGAUUUUGGUGGCUACUAUUGUCCCUGCCAUGGCUCCCAUUAUGAUGCCUCUGGGCGCAUCCGCAAGGGACCGGCCCCACUGAAUCUGGAGGUGCCCACCCAUGAGUUCCCCGAUGAGGGCACUCUCAUCGUUGGCUAAGAAGCCCGAGUUGAGUGUGUUGUUUACCUUUUAAGCAAAGCCCCGCGCGCGACAGCAAAUAGUGAAUGAAUUGAUGUAAAUUAAUAAAAACAAAAAAACAACAACAACUACAAGCUA